AAUUAGCCGCCCGCGUCAAGUUAGCCCCGCGCGCUCGCCCAAUCCGAGGCGGCUUGUUAUUGUUCCGCCAAGCCGGAGGCCCCGGAGGCCGCCGGCAAAGUUUGACAGCCUUUCUGUCAUUUGGAUUCGUUCGCACUCGCUUGGAUGCAGUCGUCGUCGUCCGUCAAUGCGUGCGCCUGAAAGCUAUGAAGUGGAAUGAAAGUCGGCUCUUGAUGCAUAUUUUGUUGGUGAUUUUCUUCGUUUUCCAACUGUUCAGCUCGUCGAUUUUGGUGUCCUCCCCGGAGGAAACGCUGGUGGAAGAUUUCUUUAUCUGUCGUUCCUGUGGCCAUGACGUCAGCCUGUCCAAUUUCCUACUGAACAAGCACAGCCCGCUGGCACUCGGUUUUAGCAAUCAGACAUUAUCUACGGGAAAGCAAGUCACCGUACAGGAGGUCCAGAAUACGUUGGGAAUCCGGUUCAAGAUCGUCAUUGUUCAACAGGCUUACUGUGCCAAAAUAGAAUCGUGGAUAUCGUUGCACUCGUGGUUUCCCGGCUACGCGUGGAAGCUCUGUGUGUGUCCCAAGUGCCGUACCCAUCUGGGGUGGAUGUUUGAACCCGUCGAAACUGCCACGUACGAUCGUUAUUUCCCGAGCGAGAAGGGAUUCUACGCGCUGAUCUACAACAACAUCAUAUCGGAAAAAUACGUAAACUCGCUGCUCAUGCGCGAAAAGAUCCUUCGGGAGAACUAAGACCAUAAAUCGAUCGAUCGGAAGGAACGAAAACCACCAAA